ACCACCUCCACUUAUUUUUUCUGGUUAAGUGUGGUAGAUUGGAGUCACGUUUUAGCUCUUUGCAGGCCGUGAGGCGUCUAGGGAAAGGACAAUAUGUCAACUUCUUCAUAUAGCUCCCUUGGAGAAAUAAUUAUCGGGCCUUCGAAUGCUAAGCAACGAUACACACUCUCUGAUGUUCGCGCUAUUGUUGCCAGUGAAAUCGCGGUACGUGUGAUGCAGAGAUUUGAAAUCCUCGACGAGGCUAGAAUCUCUGUGUUGUCGACAUCUAGUAAAUCGGACGACAUAGAAUUCCUAACCGAGAUUGGCCAGAAUAUCCAGCUCAAUCUCGCCACACACAAUCAUAUAUGCGCCGUCGCAACCACAGGGCCGUAUCGAGGAACAGAUCCGGUUGGGUACCUCCUCGUCUGUGCCUCUUCGAUGGACUUUAGCAGCAGAGCCUCAAUCCUUGCUCGAGCCAAAUUCAUGAACCGCUUCGCGUCCUUCAAAACCAUAGAUGUAACCAUGUGGAUAGCAGGCAUCAAAGACCUAGGCAUGUUCGCCUACGACACCGCUGCCAUCUGGGAUAUUCUGCGUAAAUCCGCUCGCACACCCAUCGAUCCGUUGCAUUCUCCACCAGGUUCGCAGGGAAUAGAAGAGAGGCUUAUCAACGCCCGGGCAAAGCUACAGCGACUCACACCGCAGAAUGCGUACGAAGAGCUUCGCAUUCUUGAGGAUCAUGUACCAACUGUUUUGGUUGAUAUCAGGCCAGUUGCACAGAGGGAGGCAGAGGGGUUUAUUGAGGGUUCCAUCAUCGUCGAGCGCAAUGUACUGGAAUGGCGCUUCGACCCACGAUCUGAAUAUCGGUUACCCAUCGUUGAUCGUUACGAUUUGAGGACGAUUGUCAUAUGCCAAGAAGGAUACACCAGUAGUCUUGCGGCGGUGUCACUGCAGGAGUUGGGCUUGUUGAACGCUACGGAUAUCAUUGGAGGUUUCCGGGCUUGGAAGGAGGCUGGGCUGCCGCUCACCAUUCCUGAACCGGUCUUCACUUCUCGUGAUGAUAUAUCUGAGAGCGCUGUUAUACAAACAUGAUGUACAGACGUGUAAGUAGAGUGAGAUGUGUGCGAAGCCGAAUUAU